AUGCCUUCUUUAGCCCGUAAUGAUCUAUUUCUUAAUGGGUUUCAUAGUUUACCUUAUCAAUCACCAACAAGGCCACAAUCUUCGUUGUUCUCGAGGAAUGUUAACGUUUCGUUUGAUAAUUCUUGUAGCCCUGGUUUUAGGAUUAAUAGAGGUAGUGGUGGUGCUUUGAUGUUAAAAGGGUGUUGUUCUGAUUCUUCACACGAUCAGAAAGCACGCGCAUUUGCACCAAACCAUCAGUUGGUGCGCGAUUUUGAGGCUAGAUUAGAAGAUAGGAGUAGUAGUAUUAAUGGUAGAUUUGUUAAUGGUCAUGGUUUAAGCCAUGGAGGGAAGCUUCUUGGAUUCCCUGACUUUCCUCUCACUGAAAAAAUUGUCGUUGCCGUCGAUGUUGAUGAGGUUCUGGGGAACUUUAUAUCGGCUUUGAACAGAUUUAUUGCUGAUCGUUACUCUUGGAAUCACUCAGUAUCAGAGUAUCAUGUCUACGAGUUCUUCAGGAUAUGGAACUGCUCUCGUGAUGAAGCUGAUAUUCGUGUCCAUGAAUUCUUCAAGACACCGUAUUUCAAGACUGGUAUCUACCCAAUCCCAGGUGCUCAAAAGGCACUUCAUAAGCUGUCACGACUUUGUAAACUAUCAGUUGUGACGUCUCGGCAGAAUGUCAUCAAGGAUCACACAGUCGAGUGGCUAGAGAAGCACUAUCCAGGAGUCUUUCAUGAGAUUCACUUUGGCAACCACUUUGCUCUUGAUGGAGAGUCAAAGCCAAAGUCAGAAAUAUGCAGGUCCUUAGGUGCAAAGGUGCUGAUUGAUGAUAACCCAAGAUAUGCCAUUGAGUGUGCUGAAGUUGGAAUCAGGGUUCUACUUUUUGACUAUGAGAACUCUUAUCCAUGGUGCAAGACAGAUUCGGUUAAUCAGCACCCCCUGUCAUCCUAUAGAUUUGGGCAGUCUAUUAAAGUUAAGUGGGCAUAUGCUAGUCGUCAGAGGGAAGACACAUCAAGUCACUUCAACGUUUUUGUUGGAGAUCUUAGUCCCGAGGUUACUGAUGCAACAUUAUAUGCCUGCUUUUCUAUUUAUCCCAGUUGUUCAGAUGCAAGGGUUAUGUGGGAUCAGAAGACUGGACGUUCUAGAGGGUUUAGGUUUGUUUCCUUCCAAAAUCAACAAGAUGCCCAGAGUGCUAUAAAUGACCUAACAGGUGCAGGGGAGCUGACCUGUGAUAUUGGUCUUUUAAAAGUUUUGCUUGUGUCUGCUGAAAACACUGGGAUGCUGCCUAAUCGUCAACUGUGA